CACGGAGACGAAGCUGAGGAAGAUAUUGAUCACUCCCUAUAACAUUUUUUAGAAACUAGAUUCCAUGUUUUCAUUCCCCAUUGCUCGGUGAUUGGUCGAUUCUGGAAAUGACGGUGAUGACGUGUAUGCUACUUUUUUGUUCUGUGAUGUAUGAUUAAUUUCAACUUUAAACAGAUUUUAAAUUAUGGCGGCAGAUGUAAAUACAGAACAAUCCGCAAAAAUGUGGAUUCCAAUAAUAAUAAAUUUCAUUAUGUCCAUUGGGGCAUACUGUAUUACAGUAAAAGUGAUACCAAGCAUCAAAGACAAGUUUAUCAAAGCCAACUUGUUCGGAAUCGAUAUGAGCAAAACAACAAGUGAUAAAAUCCCUGAAGCCCUAGGCAUGGUAACAGGAUGCACAUUCCUAAUUACAAUGUUUCUAUUCAUACCAGUGCCUUUUGGGAAGAGUCUUUGGGAAGGAGGCUUCCCCCACAACGAAUUUGUGGAAUUGAUAGCAGCACUACUAUCCAUUUGCUGUAUGCUACUAUUAGGCUUUGCUGAUGAUGUACUAGAUCUCCUUUGGAGGCACAAAUUACUUCUUCCGACAAUUGCAUCCCUACCAUUACUGAUGGUAUAUUAUGUAAACUUCAACUCCACAACAAUCAUUGUGCCUAAACCUUUCAGUGAAUAUUUAGGCCUCUCUAUCGACAUUGGGAUACUAUACUACAUAUACAUGGGCAUGUUGGCCGUAUUCUGUACCAAUGCCAUAAAUAUUUUAGCUGGUGUAAAUGGGUUAGAGGCAGGCCAGAGUAUUAUUAUUGCAAUCUCAAUAAUAAUUUUUAAUUUGAUUGAAUUGUCUGGGAAUUUGUGGAAAGCACAUCAGUUCAGUCUUUAUUUUAUGCUGCCAUAUACUGCCACUACUCUAGCUUUGCUCAAGUACAACUGGUAUCCAUCCAAGGUGUUCGUAGGCGACACCUUCUGCUACUUCAGCGGUAUGACAUUUGCCGUCGUAGGAAUCCUGGGACACUUUAGCAAGACAACUCUCUUGUUCUUUAUACCUCAAAUAUUUAACUUUUUGUACUCCGCACCUCAACUUUUCCGGCUGAUACCAUGCCCCAGGCACCGACUGCCAAAGUUUAACUCCAAAAUAGACAAAAUGGAAAUCAGUACGACGAACUUUCGGUAUAGCGACUUGAGUUUUCCAGGAAAAACUAUGAUAAAUAUUUUCAGAGUGUUCAGAUUGAUAUGGUGGCAAGAAAAGAAUGGUUAUGUAGUGACGAACAAUUUAACGCUGAUCAAUUUAGUGCUGUACUAUCUAGGCCCUUUGCACGAACAGGGGUUAACAAUCAUUUUGCUUGUAAUUCAAAUAUUUUGUACAUGUCUAGCAUUUGUGAUAAGGUAUCCGCUUGCACAUUACUUUUAUGAUGUGUAGCGUGUUUUAAAGACUUUUUAGAUCAUUAACUUAUUACUUGAGAGAGAACAAAUGACCUAGUUUGCUCACCCAUUUCUCUCUACAUUUUUAUGGUACUAAUUUUUAAAUCAUCUGUGCAAGUAUAGGUAUAGUAUCUUACCAUUUAAAUGUAGAUGGACAUGCUAGAGUUGUGGGACCCAUGCUUAUCCAUAUUUACCAUUAGAUAACCGACUGAAGUAUAGAACGCGUCAUCCCGUGUUGAAGUAUCCGACUAAAGAAAUUUUUCAGAUCAGUUUUUGUGUUUUGUAAGAACUAGAACAUUUGAUGCUAAAUUAUUUUAUACUUAUAUAUAUAUAUAUAUAUAUAUAUAUAUAUAUAUAUAUAUAUAUAUAUAUAUAUAAAUUAAGUUGAUUACAGAUGAUACAUGUCGUGGGUUCAUGCGGGCUUCGAAUAGUUGGAUGCUUAAAUUUGGUAGAUACUUACAUUUAUGCAUUGUAGAUUAUAUGACAUAAGUCCUAUAUGGAAAUAUCGAUUAAAGAACGUCAAAUGUGGGAAUAAGCAAUGAAGAAGUAUGUUGACUCUCGAAGUAAUUAGUGAAUGUUUUAUAUGUAUUUAUGUUGGCCAAAUAAAAUGUUACCAAAAUAGAAAAUAAUCUUUUUUUGUGAGUACAUGUAGAUUUGAUGAGGCAUUAGCCUUGUAGACAGGUUUUUCUUUAUGAGUAUUGUUGCUAAAAAAUCUGUUCGAUGAGGUGUAUUGUUGGUGCCAGUGAAAAAUAAAUACGCCUUGAAC